CUUAUCGUUGAAAAAUCUCGUGCAGCCUGCAGUGCUAGUCUUCAAAGGUUUUUGGACUUCUGCAACACUAUAGGGGUUCCAAUGGCUCCUGAAAAAACGGUUGGUCCUUUUGAAGUUUUAACAUUCGCGGGAAUAGAACUAGAUUGUGAGAGAUUUGAGGCCAGACUUCCUGCGGACAAAGUAGUCAAAGCAAGGGCGACUAUUGGCAACAUGAAAGGCAGACGGAAAGUUACCCUGAGAGAGUUGCAGUCAUUGAUAGGCUUGCUCAACUUUGCAUGUUCAGUAGUUGUUCCAGGGAGAGCAUUUCUCCGUCGCCUGAUUAAUUUAACAGUCGGUGUUAAACGGCCUCAUCAUUAUAUUCGCCUCACCCAACAAACCAAAAAGGAUUUACAAAUCUGGGAAUGCUUUUUGGAGUCCUUUAAUGGUAGGUCCCUUUUUCUACAGGAAGACUGGUCUUCAUCUCAUAGCUUAAGAUUAUACACAGAUGCUGCUCAGAGCAGUGGCUUCGGUAUACUUUUCGGUGAUCAAUGGGCAUAUGGCACAUGGCCGGAGAAAUGGAAGAGAUAUAACAUUUGCUUUCUCGAAUUCUUUCCUAUUGUAAUUGGGCUUAGUAUGUGGUGUCCGGAAUUACGAAACAAACGGGUUCUUUUCAUGACCGAUAACGAAAGCUUAGUGCAUGUCAUCAACAAACAAACGACCAAAGAUGCAAUGUUGUUGGGUCUUUUGCGCAAAUUAGUACUGGUGUGUUUGCAAAACAACAUCUUAUUCAAAGCGCGUCAUAUUCCCGGAGUUAAGAAUGAAAUGGCUGACAGCUUGUCUCGUUUGCAGGUGGGCAAAUUCAAAACCAUAUCGAGGGGUACAGGUAUGCAAACAUCUCCAACACAGAUUCCGGCGCAUCUGCUUCCAGAGAAUUGGGAAGUAGGUUAAAGCAAUUGUUAGAAGCAAGUUUAAGUUCGUCUUCGGUGCGUACAUACCAGCGCCCAUGGCAGCUCUUAUACCAAUUUCAGCAAGAUAGGCUGGGAUAUCUAGGCCCAGUUUUUCCUCUUUCGAUAAACACUUUAGCACUCUUCAUUGCCUUUCUAGCGGAACAGAAAUAUGCAGCCUCUACUGUCUUGACUUACAUCUCGGCCUUGAGAUAUCCGCAUCGCUUAGCCUCCCUAUCAGAUCCAACAAAGGCAGACAUGAUACAAAUAGCGCUUAGGGGGUACAGUAAGCUCAACCCAUCAUUCGAUGUGCGUUUACCAAUUUCACUGCCAAUACUGGAGAACAUUAUUGCGGCUAGUGAUCACACGCAGUCUGCAUUAUAUUACAGAAAGAUGACUCAAGCAAUGUAUGCCUUUGCCUUUUUUGCAGCAUUGAGGGUUGGGGAAUUGACAUACCGCGCUCAUCAGUCCCAGCGCAAUUUAAUCCUUUUGAAUCAAAUUACAUUCAUGGAAACUAGGGAGGGAUCAAUUAGUGCUAUUAAGUUAACCCUGAGAAAUUACAAGCACAGCGAUACUUCAAAGCCCGUAGAUCUUUUUCUUUACAGAGAGCAGCCUGUCUGUCCUGUAUCAUUGCUGCUAGCAUAUUUGAAUCUUCGGGGCAAUUUCCCAGGCCCACUUUUUUGCUGGCCUGACGCUUCCCCUAUUUCUCGUUCGUUUUUCACAUCUGCACUAACUGCAGCGCUUAAUUUCUGCAAUCUGGAUGUCUCCAAAUAUAAGUCUCAUAGUUUCAGAAUCGGAGCAGCCUCAUGGGCAGCAGCAAAGGGCUUCUCGGAUGCCCAGAUCAGAAGUUUUGGCCGGUGGAAUUCUAAUGCUUUCUUACGAUAUAUCAGAAUACCUUCGCUGUCCACAUGA